AACCAAACAUUCCAAAGUCAUGUACCACAGCUAGAUAAUUUGAGCAGUAUCGGAUGCUCACCCAUCACUGAUGGGGGGCAGCAGACUCCAAAUUCUGUUUCUUCCGGGACUUUCCAUCUCCAGUAUCAGAAUUUUUUGCAUGACCCUCCCAUGGAACUGGCCGAGCCGAAAUCCACGUAGGAAAAGAGCGCGUAAAAGAGACGCAUCGCUUGAUGGGGAGGAACAACCAAAACGACAAAGGAGGAAAAGGAAAAAAGCUGAUGACACAGUCAGCAUGGAAGGUGAAAACAAUAGUAUUGAAAGUGGCUCGAUCAUUGGUAGUAUUGACGAACAAACAAACAAGCUACUAGAAGAAGCGUCUUUGAUCAGCGAAAGUGAUCUUUGUGGCUCCCAUGAAUCAAAUUUAGGGCACCAUGAAGGUGCAACAUUUUUUAAAACUGAAACCACAGAAACUAUGCUCCCAACGCCUCCUGACAUGCAGAGUUCAAGUCCAUUGGAUGCGGUCACCAUGGCAACAAUUUCGUCGGAUUCUCCACAUAUGUUAACAUCUCCUACAUCAUUGAAUUCUCCUGCAAGUCAACUCCCUACGUCUAAUGAAGUUCCCAGUGGGCCACAACAUCCCCUGACCCCAUCAAACUCGGAACAUUGCAGCAAUAACAAUAAUAACACUGUUCCAAAAAAUCAACAGAACUCAGAAGUAAAUAGUUUGUGCAUGUCCACGGAGAUAGCGAAUCACAUAUCAAGUUGCCCUAGUAGUGUUAAUAGUAUUAGUAAUGAUAGAGAGGAUCUCUCUUGUCCAGUCUUUGAUGGAAUGCUAUCCAGGCCCGAUAGUAGUUGCAGUGUAGAAGGCAGUCAUUCAAAUAUGAAUUGUGAAUUGGAGGACGGGGAAAGCAUCACCCCUAACAGUGCAUCCAUUCAGAAUAAUGGCCUGUGCCACCCAAACACUACCGUUUUCAUGUGCACUGCUGGAACAGCCAGUGUUACGUCGACGUAUUCAACCUCAUCAACUGCUGGUCUAUCUGCGGGCGUUGUUUGUCAGCAGGCACCUAUUAAUAGUGGGCAACCCCCCUUGAACAAUAACCAACCAGAGGAGGCCCACCCACUGGAAAUCCUGCAGGCACAGAUUCAGCUGCAGAGGCAACAGUUCAACAUUAGUGACACUCGACCUCUGCCUUUCAAAAACCAACCCAAAGCACCCACGAGCCAUAAAACGAAAGGCACCAAAACGGCCAAAGCUGCAAACCAAGUCGAUGUGGAAACCUUACUAGCUGAGGAGGACUCAACGUGGUAUAUGCCCACUGAUGCACCUAAGGAACCUACGAAUAUGUUGCCAUGGGAACAUAACAAGAAGACGUCUGAUAAAGGUCAAAGUGUUGAUCCCAAUCAGGUGGAUCGGCGGACGCUACACAAGAUAUCAGAACAGAAAAGAAGAGAGUCACUGAAGCAUUCCAUAGAUGUCUUGAAACGUGCCGUGCCUGACUGCCGAGAUCUUGCCGAUCAAAGCCAACAGAAUGUGCUUCUCCGAGCACACAAUUACAUUGUCGAUAUGCUGGGAAAACAGCAAAGGAACAAAAUGUGCGCGGAAGAGAUAGAAUCCCUCAAGAAUUGCAACAACAGACUUGCAGAUGAAAUAAGCAUGUUUAGACAAGAAUAUGAAAUACUCAGUAAAUUGCCGUGAAGUAACAAGAAAUCUGAAUAUAACUGCCAAAAACGAUGCAAUCCAGAUCCAAGAAACAUUUCAAGGAAAGGAUAUCACAUACGCUCACAUGACCUACCAAUGGUGACCUUAUGAAGUAACACAUGCAAGGGAGGCAACUGAUGUUUCAAUAUCAUCACUCAGUACAAGUUGGGGGAGGGAGUGAAUGGGCUUGCCCAGUGGACUUGUUAUUCUGGGCUUCCUUAAAAACUCACAAUUGCCAAUUUGGCUGCAAAGCUGAAGAGUACAAUUUACCUAAAAAGAUGUAGAAGAUAUUUUAUUUUAUUUUUAAAACUUCAUAACCAAUCACAUGACAAUCACUGACCAAUUAUAUUCCGG